AUGACGCUCCGAAUUGUAGAACAUCUCAAACGGACCAACACACCCAAGAAAUCCAAAGUUGUGGAUGAAGAAUCUCAUCCGUGUAACGUUGUGCCGUUGAAUUCCCCAGAAGUCAACACACUCGAUAGUAGAGAGGAAAGAUCUAACACACUCGACAGUGAAGAAAAAAUAUCUUACACGCCCGACAGUGAAGACAACAGUUCUAACAUACUUGACAGUGAAGAGAAAAGAUCUAACUCACCUGCCAGUGGAGAUAAAAGAUCUAACAGGCUUGACAGCGAAGACAACAGUUCUCAUUUACUUGAUAGUGGUGAGAAAAGAUCUAACCCGCUUGACAAUGGAGAGAACAGAUCUAACACAUUUGACAGUGAAGAGAAAAGAUCUAACACUCCUGACAGUGGAGAGAACAGAUCUAACACGCUCGACAGUGGAGAGAGCAGAUCUACCUCGAAUGACAGUGAAGACAACAGUUCUAACAUAUUUGGCAGUCAGGAGAAAAGAUCUGACACGCUCCAUUGUGGAGAGAAAAAAUCUAACACACUCGACAGUAAAGAGAAAAGAUCUAACACAUCUGACGGUGGAGAGAGCAGACCUAACAUGCUAGAGAAAAUGUCUAAACCGCUUUAUAGUGGAGACAACAGUUCUAACAUACUUGACACUGAAGACAAAAGAUCUAACUCACUUGACAGUGGAGAUAAAUGA